UCUUCUGGAGUUUUGGCUUCAUCGUCACCACCCGCCUAGUUCGAAACGCAGCAGAAAUGGCGACCACGAAACAGUCGUUGACAUACCGACAGAAAAUUGUGAACAGCACGUUUGAAACGUCCAGCAUAGACUCCACAGCCGUCGAAGAAAAGUUGUUCCGUCAAGUCGCCAUGGAAGAGAACGACGACGACAACCCGGUGGUCUUCAUCUGCGCCAAGUGUCGGUUGCCUGUAGGAGAUUCACUGUCCUGGGAUGGAAGUGAAGACGGCCAAAACCAAAUAAGACUGAAGCGGGUCACUGACAACGUGUUGAUUGGAAAGGAAAGUCACCUGUUUGAACCAAGCAAACGAUCUCGUUGUCUGAUUGUGGAUCUUACGUGUCGAGGCUGCCACUCUGUACUUGGCAUGGUUUACACAUCAACACCGAAGAAUCUGGAUCACAAGAGGUUUACAUUCUGUUUCCAUGUAGCUGGCAUCGACAGCUACGUGCUGGGCUCUGCAGACCAGAUGUUGGCAGCAGAGGGCCCCAAAGAGCAGCCAGCCACACUGGAGUACUGUAACACUGUUGAACAACAGCUUACAGAGAUGAAAAUGCUGGUCAUGUCCAUGGCACAGAGGCUGGAAGAGAUCGAAGUUGGCAUUCACGAAUAAUGUGAUGAGAUGCGACAGUGAUGGACGGCAACUUGUCGGGCUUGGUGAUUUGUCCAGGUGUUGAAUAUGAGGAUCUAAUAUCCACACCCGUUGUUCCUGCCUUUACAUUAAUGCCUCUAGGUUUUAUAUCAGCCCUGUUCCUUCAGCAACACAUUUUGUCCUUGCCUCACUUUGUGCUCAUGCACCUAUGCGCACACACACUCACACACAUAAAGCUUCCACUCUGCUUUGUCCUGAUUACCAGUGGUGAAACAAAGACUGCCUGCACUUGUAAUCAAUCAUGUUGCCAGCUCUGCUGCUGCGGCUCAAGGCACCGUCUUCUCUGUGGGUCUCGGUGCAGAGUGAAUGUGCGCUAUGAGCAGAAUGUUUAUUUGUGCAGGAUUUCAUCAGGCAGGCUGCACACUCAGCACAAUGCUGUAUUGAUCUGGCCUCUCCAAGUCACACAUACACACUUUUUCUUUGUUCUCUUUCUCACGUGUGGAGUCUUGAAGCCCAACAGGAUUGAUGUGUACAUGUUUCUAUUUGCCAGGUGUUGGCUCAAACUGAAAAACAUUAUAAGAAUUUGCAUUGUUUAUAAUCAUGAAAAAAAGAAUACAGAUAGGCACAUUACUGUGCAAUUCCUAAGUAUAAUCCAAGUACUUCUUCUCUUUUUUUUUGCAAAUUUGUCAGAUUUUUCCAAAAUGUGCCAUAAUUUUCAUCCUUUCAUUUGUUUUUGUUUCAUUAACUUAUAGGUUUGUUUAUUUUUGUUUUGUUUGUUCACAGUUGUAUGAGUUUAUUGUUGUCUUAAGGAAUUUGGUGUAAUAAAGUAUUCAUCUGUUUCCACCA